AAAUAGGGGACCCAAACCCCAUCGGGGGGUAUUCACAAUUUCUUCGACGCCCUUAACAAAAUUCUCUCUCUUCCGCCGAUCUCUUGAUCAGAUCUCUUUUUCAAGAUGCAAAUCUUCGUGAAAACUCUUACCGGCAAGACCAUCACCCUUGAGGUUGAGAGUUCAGAUACAAUUGACAAUGUAAAGGCCAAGAUCCAAGACAAGGAGGGAAUUCCCCCUGACCAGCAGAGGCUCAUCUUUGCUGGCAAGCAGCUCGAGGAUGGGCGCACUUUGGCGGAUUACAACAUCCAGAAGGAGUCGACCCUACACUUGGUUCUUCGCCUUAGGGGUGGCAUGCAGAUCUUUGUGAAGACCCUCACGGGCAAGACCAUUACCCUCGAGGUUGAAAGCUCUGACACGAUUGAUAAUGUUAAGGCCAAGAUUCAAGACAAGGAGGGGAUUCCCCCAGACCAGCAGAGGCUCAUCUUUGCCGGCAAGCAGCUCGAGGAUGGGCGCACUUUGGCUGAUUACAACAUCCAGAAGGAAUCAACCCUACACUUGGUUCUUCGCCUUAGGGGUGGCAUGCAGAUUUUUGUGAAGACCCUCACGGGCAAGACCAUUACCCUUGAGGUUGAAAGCUCUGACACGAUUGAUAAUGUUAAGGCUAAAAUCCAGGACAAAGAAGGGAUCCCCCCAGACCAGCAGCGGUUGAUCUUUGCUGGCAAGCAGCUUGAGGAUGGACGCACCCUGGCUGAUUAUAACAUUCAGAAGGAAUCCACACUCCAUUUGGUGCUUCGUUUGAGAGGUGGCAUGCAGAUCUUUGUGAAGACCCUCACUGGUAAGACAAUUACUCUCGAGGUCGAGAGUUCUGAUACCAUUGACAAUGUGAAGGCUAAAAUCCAGGACAAAGAAGGUAUCCCCCCAGACCAGCAGCGGUUGAUCUUUGCUGGCAAGCAGCUCGAGGAUGGCAGGACCCUUGCAGACUACAACAUCCAAAAGGAAUCCACCCUUCACCUGGUCCUUCGUCUGAGAGGAGGAAUGCAAAUUUUUGUCAAGACCCUUACUGGGAAAACAAUCACUUUGGAAGUUGAGAGCUCGGACACCAUCGAUAACGUUAAAGCAAAAAUUCAGGACAAGGAAGGCAUUCCCCCGGAUCAGCAGAGGCUUAUUUUUGCUGGGAAACAGCUAGAAGAUGGUAGGACUUUGGCGGAUUACAACAUCCAGAAAGAGUCCACUCUUCACUUGGUUCUGCGCCUGCGGGGAGGGAUGCAGAUAUUUGUGAAGACUCUUACCGGCAAGACUAUCACGUUGGAAGUUGAGAGCUCGGACACGAUCGAUAAUGUCAAAGCGAAGAUACAAGACAAGGAAGGCAUUCCCCCAGACCAGCAGCGGUUGAUUUUCGCGGGGAAGCAACUCGAGGAUGGCCGGACACUUGCCGAUUACAACAUUCAAAAGGAGUCGACUCUCCAUCUUGUCCUCCGUCUGCGUGGUGGGAUGCAGAUAUUUGUCAAGACCCUGACUGGAAAGACCAUCACUUUGGAGGUGGAGAGCUCAGACACCAUUGACAAUGUGAAAGCGAAGAUCCAGGAUAAGGAGGGCAUCCCACCGGACCAACAGAGGCUGAUAUUUGCCGGGAAGCAACUCGAAGAUGGGAGGACUCUGGCUGACUAUAACAUCCAGAAAGAGUCGACCCUGCACUUGGUCCUCCGUCUCCGUGGUGGUUUCUGAGUUUGCAUGCCACCAAAUGGUUUUCAUACGUUCAAGCUUGUCUGUCUAUUUAGGUUCGUUUGCCAUAGUUUUAAGUUAUGAUGUCUUCUGAUGGAUUGCUUUGGAACAUAUUGUGAGACUCUUUAGUGUGAUUGCCUAUUUACUCC